AUGUCACCAAAUCGACACCGUUAUCUCAAGGCCUUUGCAAUGGCGGACAAAGACAACAGUGGAACACUAGAUCGAAGUGAAUUAGUUGAAGCAUUAGCUUCUCAAGGAAUCAGGGCCUCUGAAGCUGAUAAAUUAAUGGAUCAACUUGAUCUUAACGGAGAUGGAAUUAUAACAAGAGGAGAAUAUGAAAUAGCCCUUGGUAUUUCUUCUCAGCCCAUGGAAGCAUGGAAAAGCUUAUUCGAUGAACUCGAUACGGACCAUUCUGGAACCGUUGAUAUUCCGGAACUUGAAAAUUUUCUCAGAUGUGCAUCCAUGGAAUCCUUAAUUCCUGUUCUUGAGGACUGGGUAGCCGAAUUUGAUGUUGAUCAUAAUGGUAAAUUAGACUAUAAAGAAUUUCUUGGAUUUAUUGCCAGCCUUGAAGAAUAG